AUGCAUGCCUAUUCUACAAUCUGCAACUAUCCGACCCUACCAUUUCUGGUCCCCAUCCAGUUUGAAGGUCAUCCACCAGUGCCGGCGAAUGUGUUCCCGCAGAAUUUGAUCAGAGGGCUUACCGAUAAGCUCUAUGAAAAACGCAAGAUAUCAGCCAUUGAAGUGCAAAG